AUGCAGUGAUGGUUGGUUACAGUGAUAAUCUAAAAACCCCGAAAGUGUCGCAUCGCCUUCCCUCAUCAAAUCUCCACACGCAAACCCUAAUUUUUCAUCUUCCUCAUUCUGCAUUUUUCCCCAAAAUCAAAAUAAUAAAUAGGCGGAAAAUCGAAGAGAUUAUACCCCCUUUUCAUGAUGAAUAGAGAGAUUAUACAGUUAACCAAACAAGAGUAAUUUCAGUCGAGGACAGUUCUCCAGUCAAAUUAGGUUUCCAAAUUCCAGGUAGUUUUAGAUCCAAGCAAUCAUGGGUUAGGGUUUCACCUCUUUUCGCAUUUGGAAAUUUUCAAUUUUGUUUUUAAAUCUGCCGUUUUGUGGUGAUUCUAGAUUAAGGGGAAAGGUUCUCAUAGAGAAGCUGCGGAUAUCGCCGGGUGCCGCAUCCGGCGAGUCAAGUUUAGCGGCUUGUUGUGUGAAGGAUUCGACCAAAUUGGAUCUGAAGGAAUUAAAUUGAUUUUUCCUUUAAAUGGCUUGGUUGAUUUGUUGAUGAUUAUUGGGUUUCUUGCUUAUUCAUUUUCAUGAGUUGCAGAAACAAAUGAAUAGGAAUGGAAUUCAUAUGUAAAAAACUAUGAUAUUGAGCAUGUGAAUGCAUGCAGGAAUUUGCGUUUCUGAAACGAAGACUGGGAUGCAUGUGUUAUGCCAUUUAAGAACCUUCAAGGCUUAAUAGAAUCAUGUUUUUGGUAACUGAAAAUCCUCCAUCUCAACAUGCCCACUAGACAGCUGGGUCGGCUCUAAACUCGGGCCGCUUAAUAGAAUCCUUUCUUAUCACACAUUUUUUCAAACAUAAUUUCGUGACGUGACACUAUUUGAAGACUUGCAUUUCAUGAAUUCUGUUUUUGAUAUACUCAUGCCAUAUUUGUUUCUCUGUUUUUCUUUUAAGUUCACACUUUGUUUUGUAUUAUUCUUGCAAGGUCUACUGCUAACUGUCAAAAAGUAGUAUAAAGCAUAUGAGAUUUGAACUCCAUGAGUAUUUCAUCAUGGACUUGGAACAAACGAGCAGAAAUGAAGGUGGGAGCAAAAUCUUAAGCACCCAUCCGGAGGUUCUUGACGAGAAUGGGAACAAGAAGCAUUCAGAAACACUUCUGGAGGCCGGUGAUGCAAAUAGAAGCAGAAUGCUUUCAGAAGAGGUUGCUGAUAGAAAUGGAAACAGUAGUUAUUUUGAGAUACAUCCUGGGAUUGUGGGUGGAUCAGAGAGCAGUGACCAUUUUCGGAUCGAUCCAAAAAUUUAUCCAGAAGUUGUUGAUAGGAGCCAGAGCAGUAAGAAAUCAGACCCACAUUUAGAAAUCACCGGUGGUGAUGAUAGUUGUAAGCAUUCAAGAAUAGAACCAAAUGCUUCUGUUAGUGAAGGUCAUGAACCCAUUCUGGCCAGAAAGCUAGGACCUUCCUCCUCUUCUUCAUCCUCGUCACUCUCAUCAAUAGAAGAUCUCUUCCACCUGGAUGUGAAUGAGAUUACCAAGUCCAUAUCACCUAAAGCUAAUGAGGAUAUCAGACCAACACUGAUGGUUGAUGAAAAUGAAGGUUGCAGUGACUACACUCCAAAAUCAGGUGUCCUUGACCAUGUAUCUCCAGGUCUAACAUCAGCAUCUCAAACCUCUGGCAUCACCAGUGAACAAUUAGCGAAUGCAAUGUCGCCAACAACACAAUCCCCACCUAUCCAAACGAUGGACAGAUCAGGAGGAUAUGAUCCUCUUAGGAUUCCGUCCUCCAUCUUUGCAUCAAGUAAACCUUCAACACCAAUGGAGUGGAGUGUUGCUUCCAAUGAAUCAUUGUUUAGCCUCCAUAUUGGCAACAGCAGUUUAAGGGAUCAUCUAACCAAGUCUGGAGAACUUACUAUGUCAGGUGAAUUAUUUGUGCUAAGCCCACCUCCUGCAAGUGCAGUUGCAGGAGCUGAUGGAGGAACCAAUUCCAACCAUUCCAAUGAAAGUGGAAUCAGCAGGAACUCCUUUACUUUCCCAGUAAAGAAGAAGUGUUCAUGGAGAUCGUGCUACCGUUCUAAUUGUAGCUGGACGUUCUGCUACUGUACACAGCCAAGGCGCUGUUUUAGGUGGCCUAGCUGCUUUUGUUCUAAUUGUAAAUGGCCUAGCUGCCGUUGUUGUAAUUGUAGCCGGCCUAGCUGCUAUCGUUCUAGUUGUAGCUUGGCGUUCUGCUGCCAUUGGAACUGUUUCCAAAAACGAUUGCACAAUCAUUCUUCGCCCAUUUUGACACAAGGGGUAAGAAGUGCUUCUGCAAAAACAGAUGAUGAGAAGCAGCAUCACCAACCAACGGACUCCAAAGUGACACCAAAUCAAUCUUCCUGCAGCUGGUUUCCAUGCUUAUCUUUCUGUUAUCCAUGUUCUUGCUCAUGUCCAAGGUGCUGUUUUCGUUCUUGUUGUUGAGAAAGACUGCUCAUGCGGCAGAACACUACGCUCUUGCUUCUUCAAAAUGGCUCCCUUCUUGACCAUCUAGUACUUAAAACUGACGCAAAGCCUGCCAAAACAUGAAAGGUUCGCUCCUUAUUGAUAGAGGCUGCAUCUCUUGAUUGCUUUCUUUUCCAUCUGAUUUAGUCAAAUUCACAAAAUGCUGAUGUCCAGUUCUGGUUCAAAUAUGGCUUUUCAGCUAAUGUUGGGUGGAUUCAUUAUGAGGGUAUGGCAGAAAAGUAGACGUUGCACAAAUGACUGGGGAAUCCGCAGAUUUAUAUGCAUUUAUUGGCUGAAUUUUUCAAGGAAAGUUGUAUACUUGUAUAUGAUUUAUGUUUAUGGCAUCUUGAAUGUGUAUAUCUUCUCUUCUGCUCUCAAUAGAGCUGUACGUUUUUCUCUC